AUGACCCCCAAUAUUAAGGCGUUGAUAAAAGCAAGACAGAGAGCAUUUACGAAAGGGGAGACACCGAAGUAUAAAAGUUUACAUGCAAAAGUUACCAAGCUGAUAUCCAACGCUAAAGCUACGUACUACAAAUCCAAGGCUGAAGGCAACCAUCAAUCCAAUCCCGCCAAAUGGUAUAAAACGAUUUACAAGCUAGCGGCAGUAACCGAAAAUCAACAAUCUCUGUCCUCGCCUGACCACGCUGACCUAAUGGAAAUCGCUGACAGACUACAAAGAAGUUUUACUAAGCCUUGGCUAGGAAUUCAACCAGAUCUUCCCAGACUUCAAGCGGUAGAGCAUUUGCUCAAGGACAGCCACCCACCUCUACCAUCCAUUGGCCAAGUCAAAACCGUCCUAAAACACCUAAAUCCUAGGAAAGCCACUGGGUCGGAUAAUAUCCCUGCAUGGUGUCUUAAACGGUACGCAGAAGAAUUAGCACCAGUGGACCACAAUAUUGUGGUUGCAAGCAUAGUUCAAUGCAAAUAUCCCACCUCCUACAAGCAUGCAAUCAUUAGUCCCAUACCAAAGAUCCGUCCACCCACAGACCUAGAUAAUGACUUACGCCAAAUUUCCGUGCUACCACAACUAGCAAAAGUUAUCGAGAAGCUACAGCUGCAACUCAAUAAAUCCAGUUUCCAGAUCAAAACAAACCAGCACGCCUUUACGAGCGGUCACUCCACCGUGUCUGCCCUUACCUCCAUAUCUCAGAACUGGUUCGACUCAACGGACAACUCCUCAACCGGUAGACAAGGUGUCCACGCCCUAUUUGUUGAUUUCCGGAAGGCGUUUGACUUGGUCGACCAUAAGAUCCUUCUGGACAAGCUUGCUGAUAUGAAUGUAACAAGGAGUUUCUGGUUAUGGAUAAUGAGUUUUCUGGAGGGAAGAACACAACAGGUAAAUCUCCAAGGUGUACUAUCCUUUACUGCAUCAUGCCCAGCCGGCGUCCCUCAGGGAUCUGCUAUCUCGCCGACCCUAUUCAACAUACAUAUUAACGAUAUGGAGGAAAAUGUUUCUGAACAGGCAUGUGUCAACACAAUCAAAUAUGCGGACGAUUGCACCAUGGAUACGUCCAUAAGAUUAGGAGAAUCUAGCGAUUUGCAAAGCGCUCUGGACUCAGUACAAAGUUGGGCUGUGGAAAAUAAAAUGGAACUGAAUGCCAAAAAGACAAAAGAUAUGUGGAUUAACUUCACCGAAGCACCGCCCCCUCUACCACUGCAUAUAGGAGAUGCUAUCAUAGAAAGAGUCGAUAAUUUUAAACUGUUGGGAACCUGGUUCCAAAAGGACCUGAAAUUGAAUAAACAUGUCGAGGAGACCACCCGCAAAGCAGCUAAAAACCUGCACUUCCUACGAGAAUGUAGAAGAGCGAAUCUACCAGUCGAAGUGGGUCUCACCACUUAUUUAACUAAAAUCAGACCUAUCCUUGAAUAUUGUUCUCCAGUGUGGGGUGGUCUGCCACGAUAUCUAAAGGACGAAUUGGAACGUGUGCAAAGGAGGAGUCUACGAAUUAUUGGCCUCCCGCAUGGUUACCUGCCAACUCUCGAAGAGAAAAGAAUUGAAGCCACAUCGAGGGAACUCGUUAACAUCUUAGGUGAUCCAAGUCAUAUCUUUUAUCAACGAACUAUGGAACAUAAUAAACAUAACUAUAAUCUUAGGCGUAGAGACGGUAUAUUUAAAUACGCACCUUUCUCAGGCACUGAACGACACAGAAAUAGUUUUGUCCCACGAGCAAUGAGACAGGGGUUGCACUAA